AUUCAAUACAACACUACUUAUUUCAAUUUCAAGAAGAAGAAAGAAGUUAGAGAUUAUCACGUAGCUUUUUUAGGUAUGGGGAGAGGGAAAAUAGAGAUAAAGAGAAUAGAAAACUCAAACAACAGGCAAGUGACAUACUCAAAGAGAAGAAAUGGGAUCAUCAAGAAAGCUAGAGAAAUCACUGUUCUUUGUGAUGCCAAAGUCUCCCUUAUCAUCUUUGGUACUUCUGGCAAGAUGCAUGAAUAUUGUAGCCCUUCUACUACGAUGAGUGAUAUACUAGAUGGUUACCAAAAAGCUUCUGGGAGGAGGCUAUGGGAUGCUAAGCAUGAGAAUUUGAGCAAUGAAAUUGAUAGAAUCAAGAAAGAGAAUGACAGUAUGCAGGUUAAGCUCAGGCACCUUAAAGGAGAAGAUAUCAAUUCACUGAACCACAAAGAGCUUAUGGUUAUGGAAGAAGCAUUAGAAAAUGGGCUUUCUAGUAUCAGUGCCAAGCAGUCUGAGAUCUUGAGGAUGGUCAGGAAAAAUGAUCAAAUUCUGGAGGAGGAACAUAAGCAACUUCAAUAUGCUUUGCACCAAAAGGAGAUGGCAGCCAUGGGUGGAAAUAUGAGAGGGAUUCAUGAGGAAGCUAUGUACCAUCAAAGAGAAAGGGAGGAUUACGAGUACCAGCAGAUGCCAUUUGCUCUACGAGUUCAGCCGAUGCAGCCAAAUCUACAUGAAAGAAUGUAGCUGCAUUAUUAAUUAAUUCCAGUUUAAAUUUGAAUGAUCUGUAGUAACAUUGGGUUUCUACUAGUAUUAGAAAUUAAAGACUAUUUAACGCUAGUUAUAAUAGAUAUAAUAUAUGAUGAACUAGCAAAGACUUUGUUGCAAGGAAACUUUGAUUGUCCAAAUACUUAUUACCUAAUACAUAGAUGGAGUACUGACUA